GAAAAAAUUCAUAACAAAUGGCUAAUGAUAUUAUCCUCCUGUUGAUUUUUCUGUUUAUGGCUUCACUAUUUUCAUCUGAAGCCACACCCGCAAACAUUGCUCCGGCGAACAAUGAAAACCUUCUCGUUGCCACGGAAGAGAUGCAAAGGGCUAACUACUUCACCUUUGUCAUGCUUCUUAAGAUGUCUCAACUUGAUCAAGAAAUCUUGGAAAAUGUCACCUUCUUCAUGCCUAAUGACAGAACUUUGGCCAAAACCAAUAUGCUUCAGGGCUCCGUCUCUGAUUUCUUGCUUCGUCAUUCCAUCCCAUCAGUUCUGCUUUUCGAGCAUCUUCGACGUAUCCCAUCAGGCUCAUUGAUUCCAAGUUCAUUUCCGGAGUACAUGCUGAAUAUUUCCAAUGGUGGGAGGAGGAAUUAUUUUCUCAAUAAUGUGAAACUCAUUAGCCCUAAUAUUUGCACUGCAGGCUCUUCCAUUCGAUGCCAUGGCAUAGAAAGUGUGUUACAAUAUAGCACAUUCUCCAACAAAUCAAGUCCGGCUGUUGUGGUUGCACCUCUAGAAGCUCCGCGGCUGCAACCGACAUCGGCUCCUCCGAUGGAUGAAUUUGAUCAGCAGGCUCCGGCGGAUGCUUCUCUUCCACCUUAUGUUAACCCUCAGAAAUCAUCAGGGUCUGCUAAAAGGCUGGCUUAUGGAGGAUUACUUCAUUUCUUUGCUACUUUUGUGAUGGUGCUAAUAAUGGGAGUCUCUAUAAUGUAAUUUGAGAAAUUAAUGGUGCUUGGUUGAUGGGUUGGAAACUUGUUCAUGGGGCCAACUGUUACUGAUAUAUUCAUGAUGAUAACUGUAAAAAAGGAUAUAGAAUGCUGCCUAUGUAUUUUAUUGCAAAUCUAUGUCAGAAUUAGAGUUCUCCCUUAAAUAUUAUUCUCAUUU